GCCCGUCCGAACCAUGAUCCCUGCCUGGCUAUGGUUGCUUUGCUUCUCCAUCCCCCAGGCUCUCCCUGAGGCCCAGACUACAGAGUUGUAUGUGGAAGUCCCAGAAAACUAUGGUGGAAAUUUUCCUUUGUACUUGACCAAGCUGCCACUACCCCGUGAGGAAGCUGAGGGCCAGAUUGUGCUGUCAGGAAACUUAGGCAUGGCAGCUGAGGGCCCCUUUGCUGUGGAUCCUGAGUCCAGCUUCCUCCUGGUGACCAGAGCCCUGGAUCGAGAGGAACAGGCAGAAUAUCAGCUACAGGUCACGCUGGAGACUGAGGAUGGACAUGUCUUGUGGGGUCCACAGCCUGUGCUUGUGCAUGUGAAGGAUGAAAAUGAUCAGGUGCCUCAUUUCUCCCAGGCCAUCUCCAGAGUUCAGCUGAGCCAGGGCACCAGGCCUGGCAUUCCCUUCCUCUUCCUUGAGGCUUCGGAUGAGGAUGAGCCAGGAACAGCUAACUCAGAUCUCCGAUUCCACAUCCUGAACCAGGCCCCAGCCCAGCCUUUCCCAGAUAUGUUCCAGCUGGAGCCUCGGCUGGGGGCUUUGGCCCUCAGCCCCAAGGGGAGCACCAGCCUAGACCAGACUCUGGAGGGACCCUACCGGCUGUUGGUACAGGUCAAGGACAUGGGUGACCAGGCCUCAGGUCACCAGGCCACAGCUACUAUAGAUGUCUUCAUAGUAGAGAACACCUGGCUGCCUCUAGAUCCUGUCCACCUGGCAGAGAAUCUCAAAGUUCCAUACCCACAUCACAUUUCCCAGGUACACUGGAGUGGUGGGGAUGUACAUUAUCACCUGGAGAGCCAGCCCCCUGGACCCUUUGAUGUAGAUGCAGAGGGGAAACUCUAUGUGACCAUGGAGUUGGACCGAGAAACCCAGGCUGAGUAUCUGCUGCAGGUGUGGGCUCAGAAUACCCAUGGUGAGGACUACACAGAACCUCUGGAGCUGCAGGUGGUGGUGAUGGAUGAGAACGACAACGUGCCUGUUUGCUCCCCACGUGACCCCCCAAUCAGCAUCCCUGAGCUCAGUCCCCCAGGCACCAAGGUGACUAGGCUGCUGGCAGAGGACAUGGAUGCCCCUGGUUCCCCCAAUUCCCACGUUGUGUAUCGGCUGCUGAGCCCUGAGCCUAAGGAGACAGAAGGGAGAGCUUUUGAGCUAGAUUCCACCUCAGGCAGUGUGACACUGGGGGCUCUCCCCUUCCACGCUGGCCAGAACAUCCUGCUUCAGGUGCUGGCUGUUGACCUAGGAGGAGCAGAGGGCGGUCUCAGCAGCACGUGUGAGGUCACUGUCACAAUCACGGACAUUAAUGACCAUGCUCCCGAGUUUAUCACUUCUCAGAUUGAGCCCAUAAGUCUCCCUGAGGACACAAAGCCUGGGACUCUGGUGGCCACACUCAUGGCUACUGAUGCUGACCUUGACCCUACCUUCCGCCUCAUGAACUUUGCCAUUGAGGCAGGGAAUGUGGAUGGGACCUUUGGCCUGGAUUGGGAGCCAGAUUCUGGUCAUGUCCAACUGCGACUCCUCAAGAACCUCAGCUUUGAGACAGCUCCAAGUCACAAGCUGGUGGUGGUGGUGCAGAGUGUGGCAGAGAUGGUGGGGCCAGGCCCAAGCCCUGGAGCCACAGCCACAGUGACUGUGCUGGUGGAGAGGGUGCUGCCACCCCCCAAAUUGGACCAGGAGAGCUAUGAGGCCAGCAUCCCAGUCAGCACCCCAGCUGGAUCCCUCCUGCUGACCAUUCAGCCCUUGGACCCCAUGAGUAGUCCUCUCAGGUUCUCCCUGGUCAAUGACUCAGAAGGCUGGCUCUGCAUCAAAGAAGUCUCUGGGGAGGUGCACACGGCACGGCCCCUUCAGGGUGCCCAGCCUGGGGACAUGUACACAGUGCUUGUGGAGGCCCAGGAUGCAGAUGAACCAACACUGAGCACCUUUGUGACCCUCGUGAUCCACUUCCUGAAGGCCCAUUCUGCCCCAGCCCCAACGCUGGCCCUUGUGCCCACACGACACCUCUGCACACCCCGCAAGAACCAUGGUGUAGUUGUCAGUGGACCCAGCGAGGACGUUGACCUGGCUGAUGGGCACGGUCCCUACAGUUUUGCCCUUGGUCUCAAUCCCACAGUGCAGCGGGAUUGGCACAUCCAGGCUUUCAACGGUUCCCAUGCCUAUCUCACCCUGGCCCUGCAUUGGGUAGAGCCACGUGAAUAUUUAGUCCCUGUAAUUAUCAACCACAAUGCCCAGAUGUGGCAGCUCCUGGUUCGAGUGAUUGUGUGCCGCUGCAAUGUGGAGGGGCAGUGCAUGCGAAAAGUGGGCCGCAUGAAGGGCAUGCCCACGAAGCUGUCAGCAGUGGGCAUCCUUGUGGGCACCCUGUUAGCAAUAGGCAUCUUCCUCAUCCUCAUCUUCACCCACUUGACCUUGGCAAGGAAGAAGGACCUCGAUCAGCCAGUGGACAGUGUGCCCCUGAAGGCGGCAGUUUGA